AUGGGCUGUGCACAGUGCAAAAAAACAACCGAAGAAAAAACAGAGGAAAUAGAUGUGCAGGGGGUUCCUAAUCAACGCUAUUAUCCAGACCCCACCACAGCACGCCCAAGCUAUGAGUUCAACUUGCCAGUCAAUAAGUCAGUAUGCAUCAUGGAUGGAUCUUUCCUGGGAGGAGUACAACCUAGUUUUGGGUACAAUGCAUCCUCAGGAGGAGCAACCACUUUUAUUGCAUUGUACAAUUAUGAUUCACGGACUGUGGAAGACUUAACAUUUGUAAAGGGAGAGAAAUUCCACAUUAUAAACAAUGCUGAGGGUGACUGGUGGGAGGCUCGAUCUCUGCGCACUGGAAAGACAGGAUAUAUUCCCAGUAACUAUGUCGCACCACUGAAUUCAAUACAAGCUGAAGAGUGGUAUUUUGGUAAACUUGGCAGGAAAGAUGCAGAAAGACAACUCCUGGGUGAAGGAAACACACAAGGAAGCUUCAUGAUAAGAGAAAGUGAAACUACAAAGGGAGCAUUCUCACUCUCUGUCCGUGAUUUGGAUAACGUGAAAGGAGACCAUGUCAAGCAUUACAAGAUCCGCAAGAUUGAUUAUGGAGGGUAUUACAUUACAACACGUGUCCAGUUUGAUACUGUGCACGAACUGGUGCUGUAUUAUAAAGAAUACAACGAUGGUUUGUGCCAGUUAUUAAAAAGGCCGUGUGUCAACCUGAGGCCUCAAACUAUGGGGCUAGCAAAAGAUGCCUGGGAAAUAUCAAGAGACUCUAUCACCCUAGACAAAAAAUUGGGACAGGGCUGCUUUGGAGAUGUCUGGAAGGGAACAUGGAAUGGGUCAACAAAGGUAGCUGUGAAGACUCUCAAGCCAGGAACAAUGUCCCCAGAAGCAUUCUUACAAGAGGCUCAGAUAAUGAAGAGGCUCCGCCACGAUAAACUAGUUCAGCUAUAUGCAGUGGUUUCUGAAGAACCCAUAUUUAUUGUGACUGAGUUUAUGGGACAAGGAAGCCUGCUAGAAUUCAUGAAAGAUGGGGAUGGACAAUAUUUAAAGUUGCCAGAAUUAGUGGACAUGUCGGCACAGAUAGCUUCUGGCAUGGCAUAUAUUGAACGAAUGAAUUAUAUUCACCGUGACCUCAGAGCUGCCAAUAUUCUGGUUGGGGACUACUUGAUCUGUAAGAUUGCAGACUUUGGCCUUGCUCGUCUCAUUGAAGACAAUGAAUACACAGCUCGACAGGGUGCCAAAUUUCCCAUCAAAUGGACAGCUCCAGAAGCAGCCAUGUAUGGCAGAUUCACUAUAAAAUCUGAUGUGUGGUCAUUCGGAAUCAUGGUGUCUGAGCUGGUGACGAAGGGAAGAAUUCCGUAUCCAGGAAUGAAUAAUAGAGAAGUGCUUGAGCAGGUGGAAAAAGGGUACCGUAUGCCCUGCCCUCCAGGGUGUCCCCCAUCUCUUUACGACAUUAUGCUGCAAUGCUGGAAGGGUGACCCGGAGGAACGGCCAACAUUUGAGUACAUGCAGUCCUUUCUGGAAGAUUAUUUUACAGCCACUGAGCCUCAGUAUCAGCCAGGGGACAACAUCUAAGACUGAGAAAGAUUGUGGGAACUGCAUUAUCAAUUAAAAAAAAA